UGCAGUGGCCGCCAGAGGGCAGCCAGGGAGCGCGCCCGGCCGGGGCGAACCCCCCAGAUGUGACUCCCGCCUCGGGCUGUGCUCCCUGCCAUGGCUGACACCAUCUUCAGCAGUGGAAAUGACCAGUGGGUUUGCCCCAACGAUCGGCAGCUUGCUCUGCGAGCCAAGCUGCAGACAGGCUGGUCUGUACACACCUACCAGACGGAGAAGCAAAGGAGGAGCCAGUGUCUGAGCCCCGCGGAGCUGGAGGUCAUCCUGCAGGUCAUUCAGAGAGCAGAGCGGCUGGACAUCCUGGAGCAGCAGAGGAUCGGGCGUCUGGUGGAGCGGCUGGAGACAAUGCAGCGGAACGUGUUGGGCAAUGGCCUCUCCCAGUGUCUGCUCUGCGGGGAGGUCUUGGGCUUCCUGGGCAGCGCCUCUGUGUUCUGCAAAGACUGCAGGAAGAAAGUCUGCACCAAAUGCGGGAUCGAGGCUCCCCCUCCCCUGGCCAGAGCGGCCCUGUGGCUGUGUAAGAUCUGCAGUGAGCAAAGAGAGGUCUGGAAGAGGUCAGGGGCCUGGUUCUACAAAGGGCUCCCCAAGUACAUCUUGCCCGUGAAGACCCCUGGACGGGCUGGUGAUCCCCAUUUCCGACCUCUGCCCGUGGAGCCCAUAGAACCCCAACCUCAGAGCUCUGAAGCCACCCGUGUCUAUACAUGGGCCCGAGGGAGAGUGGUCUCCAGUGACAGCGACUCGGAUCUCAGCUCCUCUAGCCUGGAGGACAGUGCCAUGCCCACUGCGGUCAAGGGCACAAAAGGUGACAAGCCUAGAGGGGACUCGGGUGGCGUCAUGGAGUCACCCAGGAUUGGGCCUGCCUGCCCACCCAGCCGUCUCUCAGGCAGCCAGAGCAGCCUGGCCAGUGAGACUGGGACAAGUGCCCCAAACCCACAGGGAGGCACCCAACCCCGGCCUGAGCCUAGGGUGCCCGGUAAAAGACAUACAUGGACAACUCCCCGCUGCUGAUGUGGUCACCUGGCAUCCCUAGGCUGAGGUAGACCCUCCGGAGGAAGAUUCGGAGAGAGAAGACAGGGCCAGGCUCCCUGGCUCCUUUCUGAAGGUUCUUGAGGCCUCACAAGCACCCUGAUGGCCUUGACCAACUCAACAAACCAGUGUUUGGGGACUGAGUGUGCUUUACCCCCACCUAGUGCCUUACUGCACCCUCUUGGGCAGAAAGCCCCCUUAUCUACCACCUCACUCAGCACCCCCACCCUUAUUUAUUGCCCUACCCACCCACCCUGGUCAUCCCCAUGUUUAGAUUUGCUUGGGUCUUGGGUUGGGCUGGAAGGGCCUUCCUAUGUGCACUGAAAUUUCAGUGGGGCAACAAAGGGCAUUCUUUGUAUUAACGGUGAGAAGAAAUCGAACCCCAUGUGUAACCCUGCAGAGCUGAGUGACCCCUUAGUGCGGAGCAGUGUCCUGUUUGCCCCAGGCUAGCCCAGGAGCUGGGCUUCACGCAGCUCUGAGAUUUCCUUGAAGCCCCUAUUGGCCUCCAGGUUCUUUCUCAGCAUGGGCACACAGAUCCCCUACAUUAAAAUGUUUGCUCUUCAAUGGAAAACAAGGCUCCCACCCUGUCUCGUGCUCACUGACCCAGCCUGGGAGUUUCACAUUCUCAACCCAAAGAAGGCAGAAAAAUACUCAAAAUAUAAAUGCUUCUAAUGCUUCUAGAAAACCCUCCCCUGGAGUGUGUGUGUUGGGGGGUAUGUGUCUAUGUCCUUCCUUCCCUCUUAGUCCAGUUCCAUCCUUCCCCCACCACCAUCCCUUCCUCCUUGGAGUGUUUUCUCUCCAAGGCCACCACUGUUAGCCUUUUGUCCUUGCUGCUGGCAGAAGAUAAAAACUCACGGUUUCCCUGUGACAUCUACUACUUCAGCAUUAAAAUAAUCAACAUGA